GGGCGGGGCGGGGCCCGGCCGGUGGCGGUGGGCAGCGGGGCGGCGGCUCCUCGGGUCCCGGUGCGGCCCCGCCAUGGUGGUGCCGGCGCGGCGCGUGCAGACGGAGUACAUGAAGCGCUUCAGGGAGCCGCAGUGGGACGCGUGCGGCGCCUGCUACCUGGAGCUGCUGCGCUACCGCCUCAGCCGCCGGCUGCUGGAGCAGGCGCACCGGCCCUGGCUGUGGGACGGCUGGCAGCAGGGCGGCGGCAGCAGCAGCGGCAACAGCAGCAGCACCGCAGCGUCCCCCUCGCCGCCCCCGGCUGCGCACGACGAGGAGGAGGCGGGCGGCGAGGCGGGGCGGGACGGACCCGCACCCGGACCCGAAAAAGAAAGAGAAGAUCAAGAAAAGCAUCAGAAGGAAGAGCAAGAAAAAACUGUAGAACAGACUUCCACAAAGGAAGCAGAUAAAACCAGCCGUACAGGACGACGUCCAAGCCGAAGUGCCUUGUCCAGUCGUAAUGAUCGAAGAUCAGCCAAAAGUCCUCAAAAGACAGAUGCACCAAAGGAGAAUAAGCAUCCAUUUGCUCUGUAUGGGUGGGGAGAGAAACAGACAGAUACUGGAAGCCAGAAAACUCACAACGUCUGUGCUUCUGCUUCAGUGAAUGAAAUUCAUGAAUCUGCUCUACGAGCAAAGAACAGGAGACAGGUGGAGAAAAGGAAGCUUUCUCAGAGGCGAGUACGAUCCGCAGAAACAGAGAAACCUUGCCGGAUAAAACCUCCCCCGCCAGACAACCCGUGGAUGACAGAGUAUAUGAGAUGCUACUCGGCAAGAGCUCGGUGAAAUUGGAUUCCAUUAGGUAUCAUCAUAAAGUUUUGCCUAUCAGGACACUGGUGCAAGGAACCAAACUACUUAUGCAAGGUUUUUAUAGGGAGUUUCCAGCUGUUAAAAUAUUUGUUACAGUAUUUUUAUCUUGGCUACCUACCUCACAGUGGGGUGUAUAGUUGGAGCCAUAACAUUUGAAGCGGCUUUUAGAUAUAGCUACCCAAAUUUUUAAACAAUUCCCCUUUUGGGAAUCUUUGUAAUGCGUUUCAGUUGACUUGUUUUGGGGGUGGGGGGACUGGAGGGGGAAGCCUGGCAUACUGGCAAUCAAGGCAAACAUUUUUUGAUCUUGGUUAUGAGUAAUCUGCUAUCCCUUACUUCAAAGUUAAGUCCUCCAAAUCAUGGGGAGGUGGUAUUAUAUUAGGGGAGAGAAACUUUAAAGGUGUGAUGGAGGUGCCUUUGUAUUUAUAGUACUAUUGAGUCAAUAUUUCUACCAAAAUAAGUGUAUUAAGACAGGCAACAGGGAAGCCAGUAGGUCUGGUAAGCAGCACUAAUAAACAUAGAUGCUUUUUAGGCAAAUGCCAAGUGUUGUCUGUAUAUAGAGGCUUUCAAAAAACUUGCUGAAUCGGUGAAUCUGGUGAAUACUUUCUAAUUUUCACUGCUGUUACAAAGGUCAUUGUAAUAAACUACUAAUUAUCAGAGCAGGUAACAGCUACAGGAUCAUUUUGCUGUUGCUGUGCCUAUUGUACCAAAUAACUGAUGUAGACAAUCAUCUCACAGCUGCUGCUCGAUAGGCAGUUGCUUGUUGUACCAGGAUCAACUUGGCACCACUGUAUUAAGCUUGUGGUCAACUUAUUCUACAUUUAAUCAUGUAAAUGCCGGUUUAUCAGUGGGCUGGCUUCUGUCUAGUGAAAUCUAUUUUUAACAUUUAGGAAUAUCUGCGCUCAGUGGGGUUAGACUGCAACAUGCAUUCCAUGUGGUGGUAUUGUAUGAGUGUGCUUUUAGGGGUUUAAAACUUAAAUUAUUUUUGAUGAUGCUUGUAGGUGAAGUUGAGAAGCUUUCUGCCCCCAAAUUGGUGCAGAACUCCUUGCUAGUGGGGUGAGGGCUACAGAAGGAAGGAGAGGUACUUUUUAGUAAAGAAGCCUUUUAGUAAAGAAUAAAUAUAUAUAAAGGAGCUUGAACGCUUUCAGUUUGUAGGUCUGUUAUGUAUUAAGAGUCAUUGUUUGUCAAAUUCUUAGUGUUUUUUCUCCUCAGGCUGCUGUGUAUGACUUGUUCAGUUUGAUAACUAAGCUUUAGGCAGACUAUUCCUGUAGUUGUGAGCUUCAAGAUUUUGUUCAGAUGUGCUGUGUGUUAUGUAUGUUGGUUACCUUUAACACCUUUGCAGCUCGCUUUUUACAGACUAGACAACUUCUCACAGUAAGCACACUUGCACUUCUGCAGCAGAAGCCUGUGCCUGUCUUCGCUUCACUGCACCAUCUCAGUGAGUAAGCAGGACUAGAAUUGCUGCUGCAACAAGGGACAGAUGCGUAGUUGAGUUUGGUUGUGGAUGUUUUUGAAAUGUGGAGGGACCAAACACUGCUGCCUUCUAGUAUUAACUUGUACAUCAGUAAAGGCUUCAUUGAUUUCAGUCUUACUAAGGUGUCUUGGACCCCAUGAAGUUAUAACCUGAUUUUCAAGUAUAAAGCUUUACAAGGUCCUAAUAACUCUUGUUCAGGCUACUGACCAGAGAUCUUACAGCUUCUAAAGCUGGGGAAGCAGAGCAUGACUAGGUAUGUUUAUACAUGGCAAAAUGACUGUAUUCCAACUUCUUAGUAGGCCACAGUUUAGAACUUGCUAGAACUUCAAAACUCUGUUCAAAACUGAGACAAACUAUUUGACAAAAUGCUUUUUAUUCCACAUGGGAUUUUUACUUUUUUUGCAUGCUGUUUUUCUUAUUUAAAUAGCUUUUGUAAAGAUACUCAAGUUGCUUUGACACUUUGAAUUCAGAAAUCCACCUUAGUUUUGAACAACAAGUAUCACAGCACUAACUCAGUACUAUUUACCAGCCUUACUCAAUACAGCCUGUUCCUGUCACCCAGGAUGCUAUGUACACCUCUGGCUUUGUAGACCUCACGUGACCCUAGCAGAUGGACUAUGUGCCCUCAGUGUGUGCCCACAUCAAGCAGUUUUCUUGGUCACGGACUUGCCACACUUUCCAAGGCAGCUUCCAGAGUUCUCUUCCCGCUGAGAAUGGAGGAGCCAAGAUGACUGUGCCUGCCUUAAGUACCCAUUCUUGGAUAAGAUGGAUCACCUGUUAGAUGUUGGACUAGGGGCUUUAAAUGUCUUCUGCCUUGGAUACUGGGUACCAAACCUGGAAAGUCUCAAAACAGGAUCGUUCAGGUGUUCUGUAGAACAUGAGAAACUUUCAGCAGCAUCCGGGCUGCUGUGUACUAAGGAAAUAUUCUAGUUCUUAUCCUAGUCUGGACAAGAGCAGUUCCCCACCAAAAGUAAGUUAGAAGAUAGUAGUGACAGAACUGGAUCAUGUAAGUCACUUGUGUUUUUUAAAUGGUCUGUAGCUAAAAAUCUUGGGUGCUAUGUUGGUACAACUUUAGUCUGAGUAAUGCCUGAAGUGAGGGGCAAAUUAUUCUGCUGAUCAGGUAGCUUUCUUAUAUUUGGGCAUUAUUUGACUUUUUAAAAAAGGUGGUUAGUAGAUUUGCUCAGGCUCUGUGAACUAGUAUAGUCUUGAUAACUGCAAGUUGUAUAUGCAAAAUGUUUAGUGUGCCAGGCUGAGGUCUGGAAAACUCUUCUAGUGUUCUAACAUGAAUUUGAUGAACAGACAAAUGACUUGGAAAACAGAACUUUCAAGUGUCAAAGCUUUAACUACAUUCCACAGAUAAAGGAGCAGGUUGCUUUGCAUCAAGUUUGACUUUGCUUUCCAUUCCAGAUAAUGUUUACCCUAUCAAUGAAUAAAGUUCAGAUUUGUCUUGCCAUAGACUUUAGAAUUGAGCCAAGUUAUGAAUGCUUCUCACUCCUGUUUUACCAGUAAAACCUUGUAAGAACACAGUCAAUACUCAGUUGUCCAGUCUUCAGUAAAGUAACUGUUUAUUCCUUUCAGUUUUUGAAAGCACUCAGCCAAGUGAAAUAAGACUUUCACAGUGUAAUGCUGCAAUUUAACUAUAGUGUUGUAAAGACUCGUGUUUACAAUGUGAAAUGUUGCAAUGAAAACUGCAUAUGAAUGUCCCUGUGAAGUACAGUAGCAUGCCUGUUCAGUCACUGCUGUCACAUCUCUGCAGCUAUGAACUAUGGUGGUCUUUACUAGAAGCUGAGAUAGUCAAGGUGAUUCCUAAAUUUAGAGCCAAACUUAACUGCGAAGGACAGACCUGAAUGUGUGGUAACAAAUUCUAUCAAGGUACUCAAUGCAUAUUAAUCAAAUUUUAACAUCUAGGGAAGUGCAUACUGCCCUUCUAAUUUUUAUGGUAUAAAUGCAGUAUAACUGAACUAUAAAGGCAUCUGAUUUUUUUUUUUACUGAUAAGGACCAAAAUCUAGCAAUCUGAGGACUGAUGUCCAAUAACCUGCAUGUGCCAGUUUAUUUUCUAGCUCAGUUAGUGCACUCAGCAGCAAAGCCAUAUGUAGAGCCUGACUCAACACCUUGACAAUAGCACCUAUAAAAUUAGGGGUAGAAGUGAAUGGGAAGCUGCCUCAGCUAUUGUUAGCACUGGAUUCACUUUAAAUCACUUUAAAAAUUCUAGGGAGAUACCAUCUAAGCUUGAAGCAAUAUGUGUUUUUUAAAGUUUUUAAUAGUAUAUGUUUUUAAUGCUUCUGUAUUGUCUAUAUUUAAUAGUAUAGUGUCAACUUGUAUAUGUGAAUAAAAUGAGUGACACAGUA